UCAUCAAAGUCAGAAAACCAGUGGCUUGUCAUUCUCGACUUAUCUAAGUCAGCUAUACAAAAACUCGAUGAAGACCAUAGUUGCUUAGAAGGAAUCGAGUAUCGGUUUGCAUGGGAAGGGCAUGCUGGGCUACUUAAGAUAGUCCCUUCCUUCGAGCACGACUCGGUCACAGAUGGGUUUACUAGGGUACUGGAUCUUGCUCUUAUCGCAAUGGGACUUAUUGGGUGGCUACCACGACGUAUAAGCCAACGGCGAACAAGGGGAAACAAGGUGACUAGGGAUUUCUUCCGCCAUCUCGCCGCCCGUCUGCCCCCGGGCUCCCUCCCGGCUGGCCAACCCUCACUAUUGAGACGGGGCUAUCUAAAUCGUUAUCUCAGCUUAGAUAAGAUGCUAUAUGGUGGCUGUCUAACUCUUCCGGCGAGGUUCGAAUCGUCUUGGUCAUCUCUAUUUCGAAACGAAAAGAUAGAGUCUUUAUCGAAGUAUGGCAACUGGCGCCACCGAACAGCCCGCGACCCCUCACAAGGGGCAUACAUUCAAACCUUGUGCCAACAAAGUCCGAACUCCAACAGCCAGCAGUGUUGCAGCAUGCUUACUGCGCACACGAGGUCGAGAUUUUCCGCUAAUGGCGUGACUAGUGCCCCGCUCACACUACCAUUUGUUGCAGUGUAUGAUAGACCACCGGCACAAGGAGAGGGAGACAUUGUCCUUACAGGGCAGGAUUUCCUGGAUGUCACUAGUGAUCUGUUUUGA